AUGACGGGCCAAAUCAUCCGCCAAGUUCGCAGACGCAGCUACGCAGAUCCAAAGGAACGCAUCCCACCGGGCGUGGAAGAAGUGAUCUCACGCGGCUCCUGCCACGUCGGCAGACUCAAUGAUAAAUUGGUUCUGAAAUACGCAUCCGACUUCAAUGAUCCCAGCUUCCUAAUGAGUAUCAAAGUGGAGAACCGCAUCCUGCAAAUCAUAGGCCCGCACCCCCGAAUCAUCGAAUCCAAGGGUCUUGCCGAAGACGGUCUCAUUCUGAAGUACUACCCCAACGGCACGCUCCGCAACUACAUCAAGAACCACCCAUGCACGACACUCGAGCGCCGCCUCGAGUGGUGCAAGCAGCUCGUGGACACACUGUCCUUCGUGCACUUCAAGCGCGUCAUCCACUGCGAUAUCUGUCUGCACAACGUCCUUCUCGAUGACAACUUUGAUAUCAUCCUCGCGGACUUCCAGGGUCUGGUCAUCUCCAGCGAGGACGGUAGAACCCUGCUCGAUGGAUUGACCCGUGAGUGCGCCAAGUCGUACAUGCCGAGGCAGCAUCUCUAUUCUGCGAGUUAUCGGACUGAUCUCUUUGCUGUCGGAUCGGCCAUGUAUCAUCUUAUUGCUGGUCACGAGGUUUUUCCUGAGUUGGAUAGCUUUGAUGAUGAGAAGAUUAUCAAUGCUCGAUUCAUGAACGGGGAGUUUCCAAACAAUGACUAUGUGGCUAGUCACAUUGUGGAGAGGUGCUGGCGGGGACAGUAUGCUUCUGCUGCUGAGAUUUCGGUUGAUAUUUCCCAGGUUCUGUCUGCUACGAAGGCCGUUGAUGAGGCGUUGAAGCUGCUGGGUGUGGAGGUAGUCGAGGAGCAGCAGAACGUCGAAAAAGUUGAAGAAUAUCAAGAUGACGGAGAGGAGGACGGAGAGUACGAAGAGGACGAAGAGUACGAGGAUGAGGACGAGGUGUUGUAA